AUCCGGACUACUGAAGCGCUUUUGCGCAGUGAUCAAAAGGGUGUGGAAGGGAGUAUGGGCAACUUCUGUAAACUUAAUCACCUGAAGUUGGGAGGCAAGGGAAGCGAACCGGAGCGAAAAAUAGGGAAGUCGUGAAAAUGCAGUAAAGAGCAGAGAAUAAUCACUGCAAUCGCAGUAAUGAUAAAAGCAAGAUUUGUAUUGUUUUAAGUAAUAAUGAACUGUAUCUCAAUGGUUAAACAGCUUGCAUCUGGAGUGAAACAAACGUGAAGUUUUCAGAGGGCGAAACUGUUUGAACUUUUUUUUUAUCGGUUUAUUUUGAGGUCAGGCAAAAAAUGAAAGCUGCGAGUGAGGUUGGGAAAGAGAGUCGAAACAUGAGCACUACAUUUUCAGAAAGUGAGCCAAGAAUUUCUGAAACUCCUGCGAAUAGUUUUGAGGAUUCCGGCGAUGGAUCGAGUGCGGCUAACCAGGCUGUAGUGGAAAUGCUCAUACAUUUCGGGAAGGUGUUCCUCUACCUGGUCCCCGUGUACCUGGUAGGGUACCUGGGCUUGAGCAUCAGCUGGGUCCUGUUUGCCUUGAUGCUGUGGAUGUGGUGGAAAAGAAACAGAACAAGCAAAUUGAACCGUUUUGCUGCAGCUGUGGGUUUUUUGGACAAUGAACGACAUGUCAUUACAGAAGGACUGAAGGAACUCAAUAUGCCUGCUUGGGUUCAUUUCCCUGAUGUAGAGAAGGCAGACUGGUUGAACCAGAUACUGGAUCAAGCCUGGCCUUACUUUGGGAUCUUUAUGGAGAAGGUAUUCCGUAACAGCAUUGAACCAGCAGUACGAGCAUCAAACAUUCACCUCAAGACCUUCACCUUCACCAAGAUCCACUUUGGAGAAAAGCCCCUCAAGAUCAAAGGAGUGAAGGCAUACACCAAAGGGGUUGACAAGAGACAAGUUAUCCUGGACCUGCAAAUCAGUUAUGUUGCAGACUGUGAAAUCAAUGUGGAGAUUAAAAAGAUAUGCAAAGCUGGUGUGAAAGGAAUGCAGCUUCACGGCACAUUGCGAGUCAUUCUGGAGCCGCUUAUUGGCCAGUCCCCCUUGGUGGGAGGAGUCACGUUUUUCUUCAUUAGACGACCACUUUUGGAAAUCAACUGGACUGGACUAACAAACUUGCUGGAUGUGCCAGGAUUAAAUGACAUGUCAGACGGUGCAAUUCUGGAUAUCAUCUCCUCCUACAUGGUUUUACCCAACCGUUACUGCAUCCCACUCAUCGACCAGGUGCAGCUGGCCCAGAUGAGGUUCCCUCUUCCAAGUGGUGUGGUAAGAGUUCAUCUGAUAGAGGCCGAAGACCUGGUACCAAAAGACACCUACAUGAUGGGAAUGGUGAAAGGCAAGUCUGAUCCAUAUGCAAAUCUGAGGGUCGGCACACAGAGCAAUCGUAGCAAAACCAUCAAGGAAAACCUGAAUCCCAAAUGGAAUGAAGUUUAUGAGUUUGUGGUGCACGAGGCUCCGGGGCAAGAUCUAGAGCUGGAGAUGUUUGAUGAAGACCCCGAUAAGGAUGACUUUCUUGGCAGUCUCGUCAUAGAACUUGGUGAAGUGAUGAACGACAGAGUCGUGGAUGAGUGGUUCCCACUGAGUGACAUAGAGAGAGGGAAGGUGCAUUUGAAGCUGGAGUGGCUUUCUUUACUGGUGGACCCGGACAGAUUGGUGGAGAAUAACCACGGUCUUUCAUGUGCGAUGCUGGUUGUGUAUUUAGACAGCGCCUACAACCUACCUAGAAAUCAUUUUGAAUACAGCAACAAUGAAUAUGGAAUGAAGAAGAAUAAAAAUCCCAAGUACCUUAAGUCAAAGAAGAGCAAUGGAGAGCCAUCAGCACAUGUGGAAUUUUCCAUUGACAAAGAAUUGCAGAAAAGCAAGGUCUCCCAUUCAACCAAAGAUCCAGUGUGGGAGGAGUCCUUUACUUUCUUCAUCAAAAAUGUUCACUCUCAGUGUCUUACAAUCGAGAUUAAAGACGACGACAAGAAAUGUGUCCUGGGUGUUUUGUCACUCCCCCUCAAGCGCUUGCUGACUGCUGCAGAAAUGACCAUGGACCAGCGCUUCCAGCUGGAGCACGCUGGACCCAGCAGCAUGAUCAAGAUGAAAGCCAUGCUGAGGGUCCUCGUCGUGAAGGAUCCAGACCCUGACAGUGUCUACACUGGCCUUAACGCCUUAAAGAAAGGCCCAUUGUCACUCAGAAAUAAGAGAAGCAGUAGAAAUGAGUCGUCUUCACCAACUGCACACCCAGCUUACCCAGUACUCCCUACUCCGCCAGCACACCCAGCACACCCAGCUAACAGACUAAACGGUGCCCUUUCCGAGGAUAACCUGGAGAGAGAGAGCAGCAGCCACUACAAUCUCAGACCCUCUUCCAACGGGGAAUCGAAGCCUAUGGCGCCGGCAACACCAAGCGAGAGGACGUCCUCUGUGUCACGGCCACGCACAAGAUUCGAUACCCAGAGUAUUGACAUGUCCAUUUGCUCUUCCCGUUUUGACCUCACAGAAGACCAGAUUCCGUUUCCAAAUGGAACAAUCUACCAGGCUGGUGGUCUGGGGGAGAUACAGAUGACUGUGCGUUACGUACCCCAAAGGAAGAGUCUGACUGUGCUUGUUAAUUCUUGCAGGAAUUUAAUAGCUGCCUCCCAGGGUGGAUCUGAUCCAUAUGUCCGGAUCUAUUUGUUUCCAGAAAGGAGCUGGUCCUCAAGGAAAAAAACAACUGUGAAAAAGAAAAGUGUCAACCCUUUAUUUGAUGAGAAGUUUGAAUACUUGUUACCUCUUGAAGAAGCCCAGAGGAAAAAGCUAGAUAUUGCAGUAAAGCACAAGAAGCCAUUCGCUUCACAUGAAAGAAAAGAACUUGGGAAGGUCUUGGUUGACCUUUCCCAACAGGAUUUGAUCCAGGGAUUUACACAGUGGUAUGAGCUGUCUAUGGAUGGACUGCAAAAAAGCUAAGAGAAGAGCUCCUUGUGCCCACAUAUCUCUGCAAGGCCUUCAUUGAUUUGGACAGCGUUUUUUUUUUUUUUUUUCCCCCUUUCUAUCUUUACUCCACUAAACUUUAAUAUUUACUUGUACCACUUUGCAAAUCCAUACAGUUGCCAUUUUGCCUACAGUACAAAAAAAAUCAGAUCCGAUCAGAAAAGAUAUAUAAAAAUGCAUAUCUAGAUCAGAAGAGCUGAUGGUUAUCACUUAGUGUCAACAAGAUAUGGUUAUUUUUGUAUUUCAAAUGUACUGUGUGAAUGUAAAUCAUUUAAUUGGGGAUUUUGAUAAAAUACCCUCAAAAGGCCUACUUUUGUACAUUUAAAUUACCACCUCAAAAACAAAAAGUGUAAUAAAUAUUACAGCCCAUGCUAAAAUUGAAUUGCUAGUCAAGAUUACCAUUAAGCAUUAUUGUAAAAUCUGUUGUUUUGAAGCCCCAAUAUUAACCUUUAACAUGGAUUUUCCUGGUAAUGUUUCAGCAGUUGUUUGUAAAUAUGUUUUUGUAUUCAUAUCGUAUGUCACAGAAUAAAACAGUGGGGUGGGUGGGUGGGUGGGUGGUUGUCACUUUUAAAUUACAGCUUUGUCAGCACAACCUGCUUGUGUCAAAUGUAUUUACAUGGGCUGUUUUACCU